AUGGCUAGCCGUAACAACUGCUCAGGAAACUGCAACUCAGGAUCACUCAGAAAUUCUUGCCAUAUCCCAGCCACCCCUUCAAUUGCCCUCUGUUCUACAAACAUGGACUGCGGAGAGGUCUUCUGCGUACCCAGCAACUGCCAAGAUCAUACCUGGUUCAUGGACAACUGCCCAGAGACCUUUGGAGAACCUUCCAGUGGCCAGCCAGCCAGCCAUGAAGCCAGCAGCUAUGAAAACUCUUGUUGCACUUCUGCAUACUAUGUGCCCAGACCCUGCCAUGGCUCUGGCUAUCUUCCUGCUUCUGUCAUCUCUGGUGUCUGCCUCCCAGCAUCCUGCAGGCCUGUGAGCUAUGUGUCUAGCAGCUACCGGCCAGUGAGUCCGUUCUUCAACAACUGCCAGCCUGUGGGCUGUGUGUCUGGUGGCUAUCGCCCACUCCCCUGUGUAUCCAGCAGCUGCCGACCCCUGAGCAUUGUCCCUUAUGGAUGCAGGUCUUCGGGUUGUAUGUCUUAUGGCCCUCAAACCAUCCACAUUGUGUCAAACAGCUUCAGACCUCUGCGGCCUGUCUCUGGUAGUUGCCAACCAGGGACCCGUGUGUUUGGUACUUGUCGUCCAUCUUGCUCUGCACAAGGAGGGCAGUAG